AUGGGAUCCCAAGGCAUCCGUCUCCUGGCAGGGCUGCUUGUCCUGGGGCUGUGUGCUCUGGCCAUGGCCGAGAAACCUUCUGCCUGUCAGUGCUCACGGAUCAGCCCCAAGAACAGGACGAACUGCGGCUUCCCGGGCAUCAGCAGCGACGACUGCUUCUCCAACGGCUGCUGCUUCGACUCCACCAUCCGCAACGUCCCCUGGUGUUUCGAUCCCCUCCCGAAGCAAGAGAACCAGGAGUGCAUCAUGGAAGUCUCGGCCCGCGUGAACUGUGGUUUCCCGGGCAUCAGUUCUGAGGAGUGUGCGUCUCGGAAUUGCUGCUUUUCUGACACCAUCCGUCAAGUGCCCUGGUGUUUCUACCCACUCUCUGUGGAAGUUGACAUGUUCCUGAGUCAGCCAGGCCCAGCCACACCAAAGGCAAAGCCACAACGGGCCCUGAGGCACCCACAGUCACUGCAGGGCUCUGGCAGGGACGUUGCUGACGGGCAGGAGGACGAGGCUUGGUGCAGAGGGCCCAGCAGCGGUCGUCCCCAUCGGGAGCUGAACCUGGCCGGUUCAGAGAAGUACGGCUGCAUCUGUAAUGAGAGUGGAUCCUGA